CUCCGCACAGCAGAGCGGUUCACACUCCUGACCAGGAAGGCAAGGAAUCUGCUGCCCCCCAGACCCCCACCAUGAUUGUCUCCAGGCUGCAGUGCUGCUUUUUGUACUUGUUGUGCGUCCUGUUUAGGAGCUGCCAGUCCUUUAAGAACGAUGCCACCGAGAUCCUGUACUCCCAUGUGGAUAAACAUAUAGGGGACAACGCCAACAGCAGCGCCAUCAACCAAGCCAGGAACGGGGGACGGCACCCCGCCAACUCUGCCAUGGACAGGACAAGUCACCAUCAAGUUGGAUGUCGAGAACUGAGAUCCACCAAGUACAUAUCAGACGGCCAGUGCACCAGCCUAAGACCCUUGAAGGAGUUGGUCUGUGCCGGAGAAUGUCUUCCACUCCCCAUUCUUCCAAACUGGAUUGGAGGAGGUUAUGGCCUAAAAUACUGGAGUCGUCGGAGCACCCAGGAAUGGAGAUGUGUCAAUGACAAGAUGCGCACUCAACGGAUUCAGCUCCAAUGUGCAGAUGGCACCACCAGAACCUACAAAGUCACUGUGGUCACCUCCUGCAAGUGCAAGAGAUACACCAGGCAACACAACGAGUCCAACCACAACUACGAAGGGGUGUCUCCACUGAAACCCGCUCAUGCCCACCAACACCAUCACUCCCACAACAACCGAGAUAAGAAAAGACUAAGUAAGAUCAGCAAAUUCAUAUCCAGCUAGAUCUGGGACCCCAGGAACGUGACUCCAUGACUGAGUCCCUUAAGACUUAUAAAGACAAUUUAAUUCUGUGAACCCCAAAUUCCAGAAGUCUUUGGACGAAAAGCUACAACAAAGCUCAACACUCCGUGAAUUUUUUUUCUUUUCAAUAUCCUAUCUUUUUGAAGGACUGAUUGAUUCCAAAUAUUUGGGAAAAAAUUGCAGAAGUUACAUAUAUAUAAUGGUAUUAAGGACAGGGUCAAAGGUGCUUCGGAUAGAUUUAAAAAGGCAACAUAUGUACAAAAAAAGAAAGUUGAAAUAAUUUAUAAAUCCCUUAUUUUUAAUCUUGAGGAAUAGCCAAGCUAAAGUAUGUUUUCUUAUUAAUAUAAUCUUAUUUUAAAAGCAAAGAAAUAUAAUGGAAAAAAAGCCAAUAUUUUAGAUUUUUAUGCUCAAUACAUCAGGGGUCAAGAUAACUACUCCAGUCAUAAGCUGUCAUUCUUAUCCAAAAA